CCUUCCCUGGAGCUGAGAUCCUCUGCCUUCCCUGGAGCUGAGAUCCCUCUACCUUCUCUGAGCCGAGAUCCCUCUGCCUUCCCUGGAGCUGAGAUCGCUCUACCUUCUCUGAGCUGAGAUCCUUCUGCCUUCCCUGUAGCUGAAAUCGCCCUGUCUUCUCUACAGCUGAGAUCGCUUUGUCUUCUCUGAGCCGAGAUCCCUCUGCCUUCUCUGAGCUGAGAUCCCUCUGCCUUCCCUGGAGCUGAGAUCGCUCUGCCUUCUCUGAGCCGAGAUCCCUCUGCCUUCCCUGUUGCUGAGAUCCCUCUGCCUUCUCUGAGCCGAGAUCCCUCUGCCUUCUCUGAGCCGAGAUCCCUCUGCCUUCUCUGAGCCGAGAUCCCUCUGCCUUCUCUGAGCCGAGAUCCCUCUGCCUUCUCUGAGCUGAGAUCCCUCUGCCUUCCCUGUUGCUGAGAUCCCUCUGCCUUCUCUGAGCUGAGAUCCUUCUGCCUUCCCUGUUGCUGAGAUCCCUCUGCCUUCCCUGUUGCUGAGAUCCCUCUGCCUUCCCUGGAGCUGAGAUCCCUCUGCCUUCCCUGUUGCUGAGAUCGCUCUGCCUUCUCUAUAGCUGGUAUCUCGCUUCUAUAUAGCUGAGAUCUCUCUCCUUCUUAGAACUAAGAUCUCUCCGCCUUCCUAGUAGCUGAGAUCCCUCUGCCUUCUCUAUGGCUGAGAUCUGUCUUCUCUGUAGCUGAGAUCUCUCUACCUUCUUUGAGCUGAGAUCUCUCCGCCUUCUGGAAGCCAGAGCUGUGCGUGCUCAGGGAUCCUGGAGCCAGAAGAAAUGGGCCCUGGGAGCCUUAGACCCCCUCCUCAGGAGAUAGUGACAUUCAAGGAUGUGGCUGUGGACUUCACCCAGGAAGAAUGGGGCCUCUUGAACUAUCCUCAGAAGGAGUUGUACAAGGAGGUCAUGUUGGAGAAUGUCUGGAACCUGCUCUCCUUGGGCCUUCCAGUUCCCAGAGAAGAUGUAAUUUCUUAUUUUGAGGAAAGGGAAGCACCAUGGAUGCUGGACCAAAAAGGCCUAAGGAGCUGCCCUUCAGGAGAGAACAGACUCCAAAUGAAAAAUAUUGCAGAACUCGGCCCUUCUGUGGAUGAAAUUCACAAGCAAACAUUCAUGAAUGAUGGUCCCUGUGUUUUCACUUGGAGAGAAAUCUGUGCUACACAUGAGAGAAUCCACACUGAACAGAAAUAUGAUUGUAACCAAUGUGGAAAGGCUUUUAUACAAAGUGCACUUCUUAUACAUCAGAGAAUCCACACAGCAGAGAAGUCUCAUGAAUAUAAUCAAGUGAAGAGCUAUUGUAAUACGCAUCAGAGAGUCCACACUGGAAAGAAACGUUAUGAAUGUAAUCAAUGUGGAAAGACUUUUACACGGAGGGAUGGUUUCAAUGCACAUCAGAGAAUGCAUACUGGAGAGAAACCUUAUAAAUGUAAUCAAUGUGGAAAGGCUUUUAGAGUUAAAAUUCAUCUUAUUAAACAUCAGAGAAUUCACACUGGAGAGAAACCUUAUGAAUGUAAUCAAUGUGGAAAAGCUUUUACAUGGAAGAAUAAACUUACUAAACAUCAAAGAAUUCACACUGGAGAGAAACCUUAUGAAUGUAAUCAAUGUGGAAAGGCUUUUAGAGAAAAGAGAUUUCUUACUGAACAUCAGAGAACCCACACUGGAGAAAAACCUUAUGAAUGUAACCAAUGUGAAAAGGCUUUUAGAGAAAAAAGAUUUCUUAUUGAACAUCAGAGAAUCCACAGUGGAGAGAAACCUUAUGAAUGUAAUCAAUGUGGAAAAGCUUUUACACAGAGAGCUCAUCUUAUUAAACAUCAGAGAAUCCACACUGGAGAGAACUCUCAUGAAUGUAAUCAUGUGGAAAGGCUUUUACAUGGAGGACUGAUUUUAUUAAACAUCAGAGAAUCCACACUGGAGAGAGGCCUUAUGAAUGUCAACAAUGUGGAAAGGCUUUUACACAGAAGAUGUCGUGGGAAGUCUGGGUGCUCGAGCAGAGCCCACGCUAUUGACUGCAUUCAGGCCAGUGAGUCCCGAUCGGGCCACUUGACCGAAUAUACCGCCAUAUCGCUGCCACUGGCCGAGAACAGAGGCAACAUGGCCAUCAUCUACCAAUUACCAAAGCUGUACAGUGUCAGGGCCACACAAAUCCGCAGGACCUGGACCAGGUCUAGCUGGAGGCGGGUCAAGUUAGCUAUGAUAUCCGGAGCCUUAGACCCAAGAGCCCUGGGUCUGACAGGCAUCCCACAGCAAGCCAGAGUGACUCUGGCCACCCAGGACCCACCGUUAAGGAUCUGA